UGCAGGAAGUGGCGGUUACCGGGGCAAUGGGGAGCGGGGGGACGCGAGUCCGCCGAUGGGGCCGAGCCCGGGGCAGGAGCCCGCCCUCCCAAUCCUGGCCUGGGGAACCGCCGAGGUGGCGGAGUGGGUGUCGGGGCUCGGCUUCCCUCAGUACCAGGAGUGCUUCAGAGCCAACGGCAUCACCGGCCGCCGCCUCAUUCUGGUGAACUGCUCCAGCCUGCCGGCCCUGGGCAUCACAGACUUCGGACACAUGCAGGAGAUUUCACGACAUGUGCGGGAGUUGUUGGGGAUUGAGGAGCCUGUCUUCAGCAGAUCCAUUGCCCUCCCAUACAGAGACAACAUGGGUCUGUUCCUGGAACAAAAGUCUCGAUCAGGACAGAAAGCAGAUGCCCUCACUUUCUCACAGUUUGUCCAAGAAGCAGGCUUAGAGCCCCGUUCUGCAUUUCCUCCUUUGCAACAGGCACAGACGAGGGUAGAAAUAGAUGCUCUCCUUUUAUCGCAGAGCACACAGAUUCAGGAUUAGAGUCACACUGCAGUUCCACCUGUGUAAGAAGCCCACCUGGGAGAGUACUAUACACCCUUAUUAGCUUGCUAUUUGUCCAGGGUGGUAUAGUUUCACAUUUUUCACGUUAUAUAAAAGGCUAUUCCAGCUCUUGGCAUUUUGAUGAUAGCAAACACAUCCCUGCAUUGGCUCUUUUCUGUAAGAAUUUUUUGCAGUUCAUGUGCUUCCAGGAACUAAAUGAAGCAAAACAUAAAUCAGAUGUGACUUUAUCACUGACAGUCUGUCUUUCAUUUCUGCUUCACAGUUGAUUAAGAAGACAAAAAAAAAA